CGGCCGCGCGACGUCACGGUCGCGAGCUACCCGAAGACGGGCACGACCUGGGUCGAGCAGAUCGUGCUGCUGCUGCUCCACGGCAGCGGCGUCGCGCCGAAGCUCGACCCGGCGAGCCGCAACUCCUACGUGCCCGGGCGGCGCGACGUCGGCUGCGUAUGGCUGGAGCCCACGGUCGCGUCGAAGCGCGGCGGCCGCUUCACGCUGGACCAGUUCGACGCCAUCCCGGCGCCGCGCGUCAUCAAGUCGCACGCGCCCUUCGACAGCCUCGUCGGCACGCGGUCCGUCCCCGGGAAGCGCGGCGUCGACGCGCUGACGGCGUCCGGGUCCCGGGUCGUCUACGUGUCGAGGAACCCCAAGGACGCCGCCGUGAGCCUCUACUUCCAGCGCGCGCCCCGCGGCCGAGGCCGGCGCCUCGCGGCCGCGCGGCCGACGCGGCGCAUGCCCAUGGACGCGUGGUGCGCCCUCUACACCAAGGGCUACAUGGCCUCCGGGUCCUACUUCGAGCACGUCGCGCGCUGGCACGCCGCGUCGCGCGCGCCGGGGUCGCCCGUGCUCUUCCUCAAGUACGAGGCGCUCCGCGCGGACCCGAGGAAGCAGAUCCGGCGCAUCGCGGCCCACCUCGGCCUCGAGCGGGACGCCGCCGAGAUCGACCGCGUCGCGGACCUGUCGUCCUUCGAGCGCAUGAAGGCGUCCGCGGCCGCGGCCGACGCCGGCGCGAGGUCCGACGCGCGCAACCCCAAGUACGCCGUCGCGCCGGGCGGCAACGCGUCGAACCCGGCGCACACGACGGGCCACAUCCGCGAGGGCGGCUCCGGCGGCUGGGUCCAGCACUUCUCGAAGCUCCUCAGCGACCAGUUCGACGCGGAGUACCGGCGCCAGCUC